UUCCGUGGUUCUUUUUCUGGUAACCUGAAGCGACUUGAAGUGCUUGUGUUGUUUACGCUUUUUGUCGGUGACAUAGAUUUUCUUAAACCAAACAAUCCGUACAUUUCAAAUUGUGCCCCUGUCUAUACUGGCAACUGAUUGUUCUAGAAUACUAAUUUCUAUGUGCUGCUAAUUUUCUUCGGUACAUAUUUUACUGGGCUACGUAACUGCGGUACAUGAAUGCUAAAGCCACUGUCAACGUUUCCUUACUGCUUGAAACAUAUUAGGACUCAAAAGGUUCAGGAAUUCCAAAUUGUGCGCUUUUUUUGGUUAUAAUAGCAAACAGAACUCUUCUAAAAUAUUUUGUUUAGAAAGUAAAUCCGGUCUUUCAAAAUGCUUUUGGGCAAAGUGAGGUUGACUCCUGCUUUGUGCACAGCACUUCGGAUAACCCCUUCUUUUCCUGGGACUCAGAUCGGAGCUGCUGUUGCUCACAAUGUCCGCCUAAAUGCUUCUCAGGCUGCAGAGGCAGUGCUGGACAAGCAGGUUAUUGGCAGCACCACGUCAACAAAGGCAUCCACUGCCAAAAAGGCCCAGAGUAUGGAGUCGCAGUCUUUUGCCGUCAACAUGUUCAAGGGCCAGAUCAACCCCUCACAGGUCUUCCCAUUCCCCUCAGUGCUGAAUGAAGAACAGACCCAGUUCCUUCAAGAGUUAGUCCCGCCCAUCUCUAAAUUCUUUGAGGAGGUAAACGACCCAAUGAAGAAUGACUCUCUGGAGAAGGUGGAGGACAGCACCAUGGAGGGCCUGAAGGAGAUGGGGGCCUUUGGCCUGCAAGUCCCCACUGACCUGGGUGGUGUUGGGCUCACCAACACACAAUAUGCUAGGCUGGUGGAGAUAGUGGGAAAGCACGACCUGGGGGUUGGCAUUACCCUGGGUGCCCACCAGUCCAUCGGUUUCAAGGGAAUCCUCUUAUUUGGUAACUCUGCCCAGAAGGAGAAGUACCUGCCCAAACUGGCCUCAGGUGAGACUCUGGCCGCGUUCUGCCUGACGGAGCCUUCCAGCGGCUCUGAUGCGGCCUCCAUCAGGACCACAGCUACCCUCUCCCCCUGUGGAAAGCACUACCUCCUCAACGGAGGCAAGAUCUGGAUCAGUAAUGGAGGCCUGGCUGAGAUCUUCACUGUGUUCGCCAAGAUGCCCAUAAAGGAUGAGAAGACAGGAGAGAUGAAGGACAAGAUCACAGCCUUCAUUGUUGAGAGGAGCUUUGGGGGGGUGACACAUGGUCCCCCAGAGCAGAAGAUGGGAAUAAAGGCGUCCAACACGGCAGAGGUUUACUUUGACAACGUCCCGGUGCCGGUCGAAAAUGUCCUGGGAGAGGUGGGCGGUGGCUUCAAGGUGGCCAUGUCCAUCCUGAACAACGGGCGCUUCGGAAUGGCAGCCGCCCUCUCAGGAACCAUGAAGGGUGUCAUCUCCCAAGCGGUUGACCAUGCAGCCAACAGGGUCCAGUUUGGCAGUAAGAUCCACACCUACGGAGUCAUCCAGGAGAAGUUGGCCCGCAUGGCGAUGCUGCAAUAUGUCACAGAGUCCAUGGCCUAUAUGAUCAGUGGGAACAUGGACAGUGGAUCCAAAGAUUACCACAUUGAAGCUGCCAUCAGCAAGAUCUUUGCCUCUGAGGCGGCCUGGGAAGUGGCCGAUGAGUGCAUCCAGGUGAUGGGAGGAAUGGGCUUCAUGAAGGGUUCUGGUGUUGAAAGGGUGAUGAGGGAUCUUCGAAUCUUUCGUAUCUUUGAAGGAACCAACGACAUUCUCCGACUGUUCGUUGCUCUAAACGGAUUUCAGGAUGCAGGGAAACACCUGAAGUCUUUGCAGAAAGCCAUGAAAAACCCUCUAGGCAAUGCAGGGCUGCUGGCCGGAGAGGUGACCAAGAGGGUCAGGAGGAGGGCAGGCCUUAGCACUGGGCUCACCCUGCAAGGAUCAAUCCAUCCGGAACUCUCUUACAGUGGGGAUCUGGCAGUUAAUGCUAUCGAGCACUUUGGAGUCACCAUCGAGAAUAUGCUGUUCAAACACGGAAAGAACAUCCUACAUGAACAGUUUGUGCUGAAGAGAGUGGCGGACAGUGCCAUCGACCUGUAUGCUAUGAUUGUUGUUCUGUCAAGGGCAUCCCGGUCUCUGAGUCAGGGUCAUGCCUCUGCCCAGCAUGAGAAAAUCCUGUGUGAGACCUGGUGUGUUGAGGCCAAUGACAGGAUCAUGAAGAAUGUCAGAGACCUGAAGUCUAAUUCCACCACCCAGAUCUUCAAGAACAUAAAGGCUAUUUCCGCUGCCAUGGUGGAGAACGGAGGCACAGUCUCCCCUCACCCACUGGGCUUCUAAACCAAAUCGUCAAAACAUUUACUGCUGUGUAUACUGCUCACAGAACAAUGCUUGUUUUCAAUAGGUACUAAACAGGGAAAAUAUGCAGAAAUUGUGAGGGACGACCUUGACUAGAAAACAGCUCUUUCUUUUUUAGUUGCAAAAUGUUUAGCUUUUGGGUGCCCUAUAGAACGCUACCCCAUCCGUACAUCUGUCCACGGUGCAUCACAAGCCAGAAGUCUCAAGUCCCUGUGUGGUUUUGACAGUCAACUGUUAAUCUUUAUUCAUGGCCUUUAAAACAAAUGAUAAUUUACCUUAGUCUUGAUUUCUAUCCAGGAUAUAGUUUGGAACAAACAAUGUAUAUUUUAGGGUGCAUGUUGGUACAAAUGUCAUGUUCACAAACACUUGGAAGAAUGUGGAAGUUGGUUUUGAGAAGUGUUUUUAGUAAGUUGAGGUUUUGUUUGUGAGGAAGGAUCAAUUCCUGGAAUUUGUUCUCUUCAAAUCAAAACUUUCGGUUCUUUGACUAAAUAGUUUCUAACAUUGUGUUGUACUUACAAAUGGCCUACGUCUGAUAAAGACUGGAAAGAGAGCAGAGUGCCAUUAUUAAUCUGCCAUUUGGCUGUCUCCUUGUAGUUUGUUGAAUGUCCCAACAUUUGACAGUUGUAUGGACUCCAGUCCCAAACUAGACAGCCCCUAAGCACUUACCUUCACUGGAUGCUGGAUUCCAUCACUGGAUGCUGGAUUCCAUCUUAACUGAUGGUAGGGUGGUAGGGUUUAGUGGUUGUCUACUAUGCAGUGGUCCACUCAGUUCUCAUUGUGAAGUGUAUACCUUGUUCUCGGGUUAAUAUGGAAAGUCUGCAAAAUCCAUAUGCAGUAAACCCUUUUGACUCCUGCAGCAAUAGUAGCGCAACACACAAACUCAGCGGCUUAAUACACACCCGUGCCUGAUAUGUUUUUGCCCUUUUUGGCCUUGCCCUUGAGUUUCUAAACUCAAACACUGUCCAGUGAAAACCUCACUUUUACAUUUUCUGAUAAUGGUGUUGACUCCUGCGAUGGUCCUUUUUGUGACAAAGCGUGUAUUGGAGCAGGAAAAACACCAGUACUUCUGAAAAAUUUUCUGAAAGAGAUUGGACUGAUUAAUCAGCAAGUAAGGAUGAGCUGCUGAAUCUGCAUUCUACACACAUUUCAAGAAGUGUUCACAUUCAUACACCCCCACUGUUACUAUUAAGAACAGCUUCAAUAAUGCAAGGAAAAUUACUCGUAAUAACCAAUCAAAUUUAAUGAAGUCUAGAAACACUGGACAGUUAAAUUAAAGCAUUGGUCCCAGCAUGCAGUUGCUAAAUCAGUACCAUAAUCAGUAGGGAUUGGCUUGUGGCUAUCAUGUUAAUGUCUGAAUUAAUGUAGCAUUGAUAAUAAAGGAAGAACUUUG